CGAGCGAUUGCGCAGACGCAGUAGGCUAGUUUCUGGUUACUGUCUAUGGUUGCAACAAGCUAACGGCAAAGAUGGCGCUAAGUAAAACCUUUGGUCAAAAGCCGAUAAAAUUUCAACUCGAGCAAGAUGGAGAUUUCUAUAUGGUUGGAUCAGAGGUUGGAAACUACUUACGCAUGUUUAGAGGGUCCUUAUACAAAAGGUACCCAUCAUUGUGGAGAAGGCUCGCUUCUGUCGAGGAGCGAAAGAAAAUAGUUGCCUCAUCACAUGCCACCAGCGUGACUCUGCUGAAGGCCUCGGAGUGUGAGGAGAUCUUUGAAGGCAACGAUGAGAAAUAUAAAGCUGUGUCAAUUAGCACGGAGCCUCCUGCCUAUCUCAGGGAACAGAAGGCCAAGCGAAAUAGCCAGUGGGUGCCCACCCUCCCCAACAGCUCCCACCACCUGGACGCUGUGCCCUGCUCCACCGCCAUCAACCGCAACCGCCUGGGCAGAGACAAGAAAAGGACUUUCCCUCUAUGCUUUGAUGACCAUGAUCCUGCCGUAAUCCAUGAGAACGCCUCCCAACCCGAAGUUUUGGUUCCCAUCCGGCUUGAUAUGGAGAUUGAUGGGCAGAAACUGCGAGAUGCUUUCACUUGGAACAUGAAUGAGAAGCUCAUGACCCCAGAGAUGUUUGCGGAGAUCCUGUGUGAUGACUUGGACCUGAACCCCUUGACCUUUGUUCCUGCUAUCGCCUCUGCCAUCCGCCAGCAGAUGGAGUCUUACCCCACUGACAGCCUGUUGGAGGAGCAGACGGACCAGAGGGUCAUCAUCAAGCUCAACAUCCAUGUUGGGAACAUCUCCCUGGUGGACCAGUUUGAGUGGGACAUGUGUGAGCAGGAGAAUUCCCCUGAGCAGUUUGCACUGAAGCUGUGUUCUGAGCUGGGCCUGGGCGGAGAGUUUGUCACCACCAUCGCCUACAGCAUCAGAGGACAACUGAGCUGGCACCAGAGGACGUACGCCUUCAGUGAGAACCCCCUGCCCACGGUGGAGAUCGCGAUCAGGAACACGGGGGACGCUGACCAGUGGUGCCCCCUGCUGGAGACCCUCACGGACGCAGAGAUGGAGAAGAAGAUCCGGGACCAGGACAGAAACACCAGACGCAUGCGGCGACUUGCCAACACCGCUCCAGCCUGGUAGAGGACCAAGGCCUGAUUGACGUGUUGCCAGCUCACUCCUGAUUGGCUGAACCUCCUACAGCUCUUGGACCCCCACAUCACAAUCCACAUUCCGCACGCGUCCGCUUGACUCUGGCAUCCACAGCACUGAUCUGGGCUCAGCCAGGCAGGACGCUGCACCUCACCCGAACUCUGUAGUGUAGGCCAACGAGCCUUAGACAAGUCGUAGACCCCCGGGAUCUAAAAGAACCUCAAGGAGCCCAGUCCAGUCGCACCUGCCUCCCUACCGAUCCGUUCCAGCAUCCCUUCCACCAGUUUCGGGCACAGCGGAAUGUACUGGCCGAUUGAGCUCCUCUUCGCAGAUCCAUUUUAGCAAGCAGCUAUCUCUGGACGCUCAGAUAUUACUGGGCUUUUGAAAAGUAAAGGUGGUGCUCAGCAUAUUUCUUUCUCGUGAAUGACAUGGCUCUUUUUUUUUUUUUAAGUGUGAAAUUGAGUCUGUUACUAAUAAACAUUGCUUAUGUUUUUUUUGUUUUUUGUUAUGUUUUCAAAAUUUGUCUUGUGUUGAUUCAUUAAAUGAUUUGAAAUGAA